GCUCUCAGCUCUUCUCACCGCGCAGCUUAUUCUGUAUCCUCCUCAAACUCUAAAUCAAGCUGAGUCCGGACCAAAACUGCUGCCUACAUUCCCGAGGUUCAACUUUCCACGCCGCUCAUGAGCUUUUCAUUCCUACAAAACAGAAGAAACACUCGGGGAACACCUGGACAUUCACGCUUCCUAGUUAUAUAACUUUUUGCUGCACUUGAACGAUUCCUUUACAUUCCACAGACUUUAUCCCCGGACGCACACCGAUUUUUCUCUUUUUUUUUUUAAAUCAGCGGACAAAAGUCUUACUUUUUCGUUACUAUACUAUUCUGAAUAGGCCAAAUAACCAGGAAUCAGUGGCUUACGGUUUUUUGCACAACUAAUAGUCUUAACUGUGGAGGCUUUUUUUCUACGUUUAGUCUUAAAUUAAGUAAGGAAACAGUAAACAAUGGCAGGUGUGAACUCUCUGGAUGCUGUGAAGAGAAAGAUUCAGUGUUUGCAGCAGCAGGCCGACGACGCAGAAGAUCGGGCUCAGGUCCUACAGAGAGAGCUGGACAGUGAACGGGAGCUCCGAGAAAAAGCAGAGGGUGAGGUAGCAGCUUUGAACCGUAGGAUCCAGCUGGUGGAGGAGGAGUUGGACCGUGCCCAGGAGCGACUGGCCACAGCGCUGCAGAAACUGGAGGAGGCAGAGAAGGCUGCAGACGAGAGCGAGAGAGGAAUGAAGGUGAUCGAGAACCGAGCGAUGAAGGAUGAGGAGAAGAUGGAGAUUCAGGAGAUGCAGCUGAAGGAGGCCAAACACAUCGCAGAGGAGGCCGACCGCAAAUAUGAGGAGGUGGCUCGUAAACUGGUGAUCUUGGAGGGCGAGCUGGAGAGAGCUGAGGAGAGGGCCGAGCUCUCAGAAUGUAAAGCCAGUGACCUAGAGGAGGAGCUGAAAAAUGUGACCAACAACCUGAAGUCCUUAGAAGCCCAGUCUGAGAAGUACUCAGAAAAAGAAGACAAGUAUGAGGAGGAGAUCAAAGUUCUGACUGACAAACUGAAGGAGGCUGAAACCCGUGCAGAGUUUGCAGAGAGGACAGUUGCCAAACUGGAAAAGAGCAUUGAUGACCUGGAAGAGAAACUAUCACAUGCCAAAGAGGAGAAUCUGGGCAUGCACCAAGUCCUGGACCAGACCCUGCAGGAGCUGAACAGCUUAUAAACACACAGAGAGGAAGCUGGAGAGGAUGAGGUCGUUAUUAACAUUCCAUUAAACAUUCGACUCCAUUCCGCAUUUCGAGCUCUAUUCCCCGUGUAAAGGGGGAUUAACUUAAUACUUGCCCCUUUAGGUUUUUUUUUUUUUUUUUUUUUUUUUUUUUUCUUUCUUUUUCUUUUUUUUUUUUUUUUUAAGAUGAAAAAUUGUUUUGAACCCAUUGCUUCUUCUUCUUUUUUUUUUUUUUGAAACUACAUUAGUUAUUGUAGAAAUUCUUUCCAGAAAAGGUUUUUGACCACUUAGAAAGAAUUGGCACUAAAUUUGUCCAAAGAAGCCUCAGAUUUGGUCACUCAACCACUUAAACUGGCUUAAUUUUACAUAUUGUGUGCACAUACAUUACACCUGAUUAUUUGUAAUACAUAGGCUACAGAUGGCAUAGGGUUUUGCUCAGUCAUGUGUGGCUUUUACACCACCUAGUGGUUAGUUGAAGUUAGUCAACUUUUUUCUUUCUCAUUACUCCGUUUUAUCACAAGUGGGUGGAAAUUAACAAACGGUUGACUAAUCCAUGCUUGUGUCAGUCUCAUUAUAAAUCUGUUUGUGUUAGAAUAACACAGUAGUCAAAUGAACAGGAGGCCUGAUGGAAAGGUUGCAUUCAUAAACACAGAAUAUGACUUUAGACUUCCUUACAUUUAAUUAUAAUGUAAUACCUCUUUGGCCAAGCUGGUAAACCUGAUGCAGACAUCCUGAACAUCUACAUUUUGUAUGUUUUGGGCUGGAAGUCUGCAGAACCUGAGAGCUAAGCUUGAGCAGCGUCUGGACCUUUCCUGACCACUGACACCUACUGCAUCAUUACCAACAAUAUGCCAUAAUGUAGCCAAUAUUUCCAAUAUACUAUAUGAGUGAGCUAAACCCCAAACCACUGGAAACUCAGUCAAGUUUUAUCAACAUGGAUACUUAUUGUAUAUAGUAGAAUAAUGUUAGGUAAUGUGAGAACUUGUAUUGUUUUGGUUUUUUUUUUUUUUUUUUUUUUUUUUUUUGGUUUUGUUUCAUUUACACCACUUCUUUUUGCCAGAGGAACUCUCAAAACCAAAGAACACGCGUAACACAGGCAAUUCAUUCAUGAAAUGUUUUUAUUUUUUGUUUGAUGGUCAUCGUGGUUUCAUCUCAUGUCAGAGCCACUGAGGGUGCCUCACAUCUGAUUGAGACUGUUAUGAAAUACUUCAUUCACCACCCCCCUCCAUGUCAACCUAUUAAAAUGUUUUACAGAAA